AUGGAGCCGCUGGUCACUCGCCCUUUGUCCCCGCCCGGCCCGGGGGGCGACGGGCCCCCGACACCGCCCCGGCACCGCUCCCCGCCGCCGGUGCCGCCGGGACGGGGGGAAGCGCGGCCACGGGAGUUGCGCGUCCCGGGGGUCGCACCGUCCCGGGCCUGGGCACCCCAGCAGGAUUUGCGGUUCCUGCUGCGGGCUGCCCGGCUGGGUGCGGGGCGGCUGGGCCGGGGGGGACCCGCGGCUCCCCCAGCCCCGCGGCUCAGCGGCUCCGUGGGUCUCUCGCCAGGUGCGAAGCCGGGCGAGGAGCCGGCCGGAGACUCGCCCAAGGCCGAGAACGAGUCCCAGCCCCUGCACGGCUCCGGCAUCUGUAAGUGGUUCAAUGUCCGCAUGGGCUUCGGCUUCCUCUCCAUGACCGCCAAGGGCGGCGCGACCCUGGACUCCCCCGUCGAUGUCUUCGUGCACCAGAGCAAACUCCACAUGGAGGGUUUCCGCAGCCUGAAGGAGGGCGAAGCUGUUGAGUUCACCUUCAAGAAAUCAUCCAAAGGUUUGGAGUCCAUCCGGGUGACCGGCCCCGGGGGCGUCUUCUGCAUCGGUAGUGAGAGGAGGCCCAAAGGGAAGAGCCUCCAGAAGCGCAGAUCGAAAGGAGACCGGUGCUACAACUGCGGUGGGCUGGACCACCACGCCAAGGAGUGCAAGCUCCCGCCGCAGCCCAAGAAGUGCCACUUCUGCCAGAGCAUCAGCCACAUGGUCGCCAACUGCCCAGCGAAAGCACAGCAGUCCCCCAGCUCUCAGGGAAAGCCCGCCUACUUCCGAGAGGAGGAGGACAUGCACAGCUCGGCCCUCCUCCCCGAAACCCGGGAAUGAUGGUGGGUGGCAGGGAGAGGGGGGCUUC